CAACCUCUAUAUUUCCCUUCCCAAUCCCUCUUCUCCUCUCCUCUCUCCCUCUCUCUUUCUCCUCCUCCUCCAUUACUACACAAAAUUCUCUCUCUCUCUUUCUAUAAGCUUCAAGAGAUAGAUGUCUCUCGCGGGCGCGAACGCGACGUACCCGACCCAAGUCGACCCGCCUCCGACCGGGCCGGCCCAGUGGGCCGCGCGAGCCCACGGGCGGCUCCUCUCGGCGUGCCUCGUUACCCUCAACAUCCUCCUCAUCCUCCUCUUCUACUUCUACUUCUGGCGAAUCUUCUGGAAGAAACCCACUUCCCCCAACCCCACCGAACCCAACCCCGGCGCCACCUCCACUUCCUCCUCCCCGAGCUCCACUUCCUCCUCCCCCGGAACCCCCCACCACCGCCGCCUCCGCAAGCCCAACCCCGAAGUCGUCGCCGGGUUGCCCGUGUUCGUGCACUCGUCGACGACUUCGCCUAACACGGCCGAGUGCGCCGUGUGCUUGGCCGAGUUCAGAGACGGGGAUCGGGGCCGGGUUUUGCCCAGAUGUGGCCACCGAUUCCACCUCGAGUGCGUCGACAUGUGGGCCCAAUUCCACGCCACGUGCCCCCUGUGUCGCGCCUCGCUCGAGCCCGACUCCGACCUCGAGCCCGACUCGGCCGUGUGAGCUCGGACUCAUUUCUCGGUUAGCUCGAUAACUUUUUUUUUUUUUAUUUGUAUUUUUUAAAAAAAUCACGGCAAGUACUAUGGUGAUUACGGGAUGAAGAAGAAAUGUUUUUUUUUUUUUUGUAUAUUGGUUAAUUUAGAUUUUUAUGUAAGCUUUAUUUAUUUAUUUAUUUAUUUCUCAAUUUGGAAAAAAGUAAUUCGCCGGUUUGGCUAACGUGACGUUCCACUAACAAUUUGAUGGGGUGGUUGUUUUUUUAUAGUAAAAUUGAAUUAUACUAUUUAUUUUUUUAGUUGGAAGUGUAAUUAAUGAAGCU